AAUAAAUAAAUAAAAUCUUUUAAAAAAAUGAGUCACCAUAAAUAGGUGUAUACAUAUGUAUCUGCCUACCCAUGCCUUCAUCAGUGCCCCAUGUUAACUCAUGCACUGAUCUCUUUUUGUCAUUUUUGGAGAGUAGACUUAGGCUAGAGUUGGGGAGGGCAGUCACCCAAGGGUCUAGAGUGAGGGAGGGUAUCUAGGAAUCCACUUCUUUCUUGGCCCACCACAUUUUAGCAGGCUCUUCUCAUUUAUCUCAUCCCAUUCCCAGAGGUACAUGCUGCUCUGGGGAUUUCUAGGACUUUGAAGCUUUCUAGAUAAAAAAUUUGGAUGGUGGUUCUCUCUACUGUCAGCUUGGCAAGUGGUUUCUGAUGUAGUUUUAAGUCCUCCAAGUCACUUACCACUCUGUCAGUUUUCCAGAGUUGAAAUUUUUUAUUGUUGUCUUCUUUCCUCCCUGACCUUGGGGUUUCUUUGUCUCUAUUUUCCUUUACUGCACUUUUUGGGGCUUUCGAUGGAAUGUUCUCUCUGCCAUUCUGUGUUAAUUCCUUUUCUUCUUUCAUAAAUCAUGUUCCUGAGGUAAGUGAAUAGGUUGAGGCCAAUAUGCUACCCUUUUUACCAUAGGGCCAUGGAAGAUGUCGAUAUUGCUAAUGUUUGUAUGUUCUAGAUUUUAAAGGACUUAAGGGCUUUGACUCGCUGACAACUGAAUGAGAAAAUGUCUUCCUUUUCUCUACCAUGCCUUUAUAAGGAAAUGUGGAUUGAUGGCAAUCAGGAGUUACUUCCCUGUGAAGUCUGUGGAAGACGCUUUGCAGCAGAUGUUCUGGAAAGGCAUGGACCAAUAUGUAGAAAACUCUUCAACAAAAAGCGUAAACCUUUCAAUUCCUUGAAACAAAGAUUACAGGGCACUGACAUUCCCAUUGUGAGAAAGGCUCCUCAAUCCAAGCCUCAGCCUGUGAGGAGAUCUAACUGGAGACAGCAACAUGAAGACUUCAUUAAUGCCAUCCGUUCGGCAAAGCAGUGUACGCUAGCCAUUAAAGAAGGCCGACCUCUCCCCCCUCCACCUCCUCCAACCAUCAACCCAGAUUAUAUUCAAUGCCCAUAUUGUAUGAGGAGGUUUAAUGAAACUGCAGCCAACCGACAUAUUAAUUUCUGCAAGGAUCAGUCUUCUCGCCGAGUCUUUGAUCCAGCCCAAACAGCAGCCAAAUUGGCAUCCAGAGGGCAGGCUAAGGCUCAGAUGAAUCCAAAAAAAGAGCCAACUGUAACCAGUGCUGUGGGAGCCCUGCUACAGAACAGAGCCCUGGGGCCCCCAAAUGUGGCCCCAACUAGACCAGGAUUAGCUGUGGACCCUGCUUCUGGAGCAAAACUCAGACAGGGAUUUACUAAAUCUUCUAAAAAAGAUUAACUCCUAGAGACCAGACUGUCUCCCUUGAACGCCUCAGCCUGGAUGGCUAUGCACCCAGGAAUGCCACCUAAGGGGAAGGAAAGGCAGAUGGCUGUUUAUAAGCCUACAACUCUUCUUGAGAAAUCAUGGAGAACAAGUAAAAACCAGAUUCACCUUUUCUUCCUCAUUACUCCCUUUACAAUUUUCAAAACAAUAUUAAACAACACAUCAACCUGUAUGACAGUGGUUGAUAUUUU